AUGUGGCUGAGCCGGGCCUUCCCAGCCGAGCUUGCCGAAGGCAGGGCCGUGGUGGUGCGCCCGCACGAGCUGGACGGCAGUGCGGCUCCCGGCGCGUCGCCUGCCGCAGAAGGGUGCCUGGUCCCAUUCAUGGACACGGUCCUGUUCGACUAUGGGGCGGACAGGAGCAACGAGGACCUGAUGCUCUGCCAUGGCUUUGCCGUUCCCGGGAACACGUUCGACAGGUCCGGUGGCCUGGUGAUGGAGUGCGAGCAGGCGGGGGAGGAGGCCGCGGAGCUGUCGCGAGGCGUCCCCGCGCUGCUGGUCGGGCCCUUCAGCGUGGGCGGCCCGCCGUGGCUGGGAGCGCUGCCGCCACGGCUGCUGCGGGCCCUGCGGCGGCUGCUGGACGCGAGGCUGCAGCUGCUGGCCUCGAGCGAAGCGCCCGACGAGGCGGUGCUGGCCGCGGGCGCGGCCGGGGCGCCAGGCGCACAUCGGCGCCACCUCGCGCUGUACCGCCAGGGCCAGCGGCGGGCGCUGCACAGCGCUCUGCAGGAGGUUGCAGAGCUCUUGCGGCCAGGAGAGCGCGCCAGUGGCAGCGAGAGCGAGGAGGAGCAGAUCGCGAAGCGUCGACGACACGAGACCUCAGAAUGCUCUCAGGGUGCGGACCACGAAGCAAAGCGCGGAGGGCAGACGCAGGGUUGGAACCAGCGUCCGUGCGACGGCCUCCGCGUGGAGCCCAUAAGCCCCGCCCCGCCAGGGGAGCCGCAGACCGCCUGCCCUUCGGCGGUGCGGGCGGAAGGCGGUGCCGGCGCCGCAGAGGCCCCCGCGCCACGGCGCAGGGUGCACCGCACGAGGGACGGCUCCACCUUCGUGUACGACGCCGCGGAGAAGGCCUGGCGCCUGGAGGCAUCGGCGGAGCAGCUGCUGGUCGGCGGGACCCCGUUCGCCCCCCCCGAGGCGCAGUUCCACGCGGCCUUCGACGGAGACUUUACCAUCGGCGGCUCGCCCCUGCUGCUCGGGCCGUGGCGACUGGGCGCGCGCGGCACCGGUGCACAGGAGCACGGGGAUACCGGCCGCAGCAUCUGGGACGGAGCCAUUGCCAUGGCGAAGGCUCUGGAGCAGAACCCCCGCCUCGUGGCCGGCAGGAGGGUGCUGGAGCUCGGGUCGGGCCGCGGGGUGGCGGGACUGGCGGCGGCGCUGCUGGGCGCCCGGCAGACGGUCCUCACCGACCUGGGCUACUGCCUCGAGGCCCUGGAGGAGGCAGCGCGACUCACGAUCGAGGGCGUCGAACAGCGCGGAUCGCCCGGCAAUGCAGGCGCUGGCGGGCCUGCGUCUACUGCGGUCGAGGUGGCGGAGCUGGACUGGGCGAGGCCAGAGCAGUUCCUCGAUAGCAGGCCUGCGGGCGAGCAGUUUGACGUGCUCAUAGCAGCGGACGUUGUCUGGCUCGCCGAGCUCGCGCCCCUGCUGGCGCGGGCGCUCCUCGCGGUCUGCCAGCGCAGCCCGUCGGCCGAGGUCCUGAUCGUCCACCAGACGCGGACCACCAGGGCGGAUGAGGCGUUCCUGGCGGCCAUGAGCGACGCCUCGCUACGGCUGGUCUGGGCGCUGCCCAGUGCUGGCGGUGGCGGCACGGUGCCUGUCGUGAAGGCGGACCCAGCCGUUGUGCCGGUCUCUUGGCACCCGGACUACACCCCGCGCGACGGGUUCCACUUCUGGGCCUUCCGGAGAUCUGUGUGA